AUGGAAGGUCAGGUUACGCCGGGUUCAACUCCUGGGUCUGUCCAAAAGAAAAGAGCCACACGAGCCUGCAAUAUAUGCCGAGCUCGAAAGGUCAAGUGCGAUGGCAGCUUACCAUGCGGAAGAUGCUUGAGCAGUCGCAUUGACUGCAUUUAUCCCGGCGGUGUUAGAUCGCGUUCCUCCGGAAGCAUCAGAUCAAUCGUGCCGAAGCCUUUACAAAGGCAACAGCCAUCAGAAUCCCAGACGAAACAAGCAUCCCAGUCGAGUAUGCGUACUUAUGAGGAUCCAGUCACCAACAAGAAACAGCAAGAAUUGCGGGCUGGUAUCGGCGCUUUCGACAGUAGCACGGAGGCUUACCAAUUCUAUNNGGGUGAGCAAUAUCCUGAUUACCUGAAUUUUGUAGAUAUAACUAACGAGAUUUGUGUCAGCCCUUCAAGUCAUUUUAGCUUCGUGCAGCGACUGUAUCAGCGUAUUCGGCGUCAAAGUAACGCCCCACUCAACGUAGCACGCACAGUUCCAGAAGGUCUUCGGAAAUGGGGUAUUGAACGUCAAAUAUUCACUCACGGUGAUGAGGGCUCCUCAUCUCAUAACACCAUCUCAGACGGCAGUUUUCUGCCAAAAGAGCUAGGUGAAGCUUUUAUUUCAGCUUAUUUCACACUCAUGCACCCACAAGGGCCAGUCUUGGUUGAGUGUGAUGUCCGGCAGACGUGGAAGGUUCUUUGGGACGGGCCUAGCCAUAUGCCAGACCAUAGCAAGAAAUUUACCAAAGAGAAGGCAAUUCUAUACAUGGUUUUGGCCAUCGGAGCCAGGAUGACUGAUUACGGUGACUCCUCGCCUUCUGCUUCGGAUGCCUGGGCUCAACAUUUCUACGAGCGUGCUGGAGUACCAACAGACUCUUUUGAAGAGACCUCUCUUCUUGGGACUCACCUCCUACUAUUAAGGCGGAUGAUGUCCAUGUUCACCGGCAGACCCUCUUGCUUCGUGGACGAUUCGAUCGACGCUCCAUACCCCGAUGACUGUCCGGGUGCAGAGACUGGACACAACAACGAAUAUGCAUACAUCCGGGCGAUGGCUGUUCUCGGUAGGAUCAGCGAGAGAAUCAUGAAGUGCCACUACUCUCCCACCAAGCCACCACGAGUGGCCGACCUGACAGAGGCCCAGGAUAGCAUAGGCGAUCGCAUUGAUAUACAACGAGACAUCGAUCUCACCGUGUCAUCCGCCAAGGACUUGAUAUCUCUGGUCUAUGACAGUUUCUUCAACCGCUGUCCUGCAAUGAGGAGGGAUGGAAAUAUGGUCUACUUCAUCGUCUCUGCCUGUCUUGUCCUCCUCUUCGACGUCCUCGACACCGAGACGACACCCGCCCACGCAAAGGAAGUAUUCCUAGCAGUGGAAAAAGGUCUGAAGUGUCUAGACCGCAUCGAUCAUAUCGGCUCCACGACAGGUCGAGCCAUCAGUCUAGACGUCAUGAAGAUUGCAAAGGAUGCUCUCAAGUCCACGGAGCCGACAAGUCAUCUGGGUACGAACCUGAUGGAGUCGUUUACCUGGCUCAACAACGAGAUGUUUGAUCAGACACCCUAUGAUUCUGCAGGCUCGUGGUUGUACAAUUCUCUCGAGAUGCCAUCGUUUGACUACAGCACUGUUGGUAUGACGGAUCUGUUUGGGCUCAAUAGUGGUGUGGACCUGAUGGCGAUGGAUUCGGGUCAGAUGUCGCUAGAUUUGAUGGGUCAGGGACUGCUGGUCGCUGAUGGUAGUCACGUUCCAUCGCAAGCGGCGCCGCAAAGUCAAUGA